AUGUUGGGUUUUGGAGGGAAGGGAGGGAGGCUAGAUCCUUGGCUACGAUGGGGUUUGAAAAAGGGAUUAGAGAGGGUGAGUCCUCCUUUACUUCGGCAAGGAGGUGAGGAUCUGGAGUGUUUGCGCUGUUGGCGUGUUGGGCUUGGUAGUCCUUCGAUGUGGGUUGGGUGCGAAGAGGCCUAG